GUGACAGUAGAACUGUCACCUUUAUUAAUUUUUGCCUAACCUAAAAUUAAUACACACAAACAUCCGUUGUCAACACCGAUUUUUUCUCAAUAAACAAUAAAAGCAACUAUACAAAUCAACAAUGGUAGACGAAGAGGAUCCCAAGGAGUAUCGAUGGGAGACCGGCUACGAAAAGACCUGGGAAGCAAUAAAAGAAGACGACGAUGGAUUCUUGGAGGCUUCUGUGGCGGAUAUUAUACAAAGGGCCAAGAGAAAAAGGCAGGUCCAAAAAAAGGGAAAUACCAAACUGGGAAUGAUGAGACACUUGUAUAUUUUAUUGGAUUGUUCUGAUUCCAUGUCAAGUCAAGAUUUGAAACCCACAAGACUUCUAUGCACGAUAAAGAUCAUGUCUGGAUUUAUAGAAGAGUUUUUUGAUCAGAAUCCCAUAAGUCAAAUGGGGUUGAUAAUAAUGCAUAACAAACGUGCUGAGAAGAUAAGUGAUUUGGCUGGGAAUUCUAGUAAACACAUCAAACAACUAAAUGCUCUAAAUAGGACAUCUUUAGUGGGAGAACCAUCAUUGCAAAAUGGUUUGGAAAUGGCUCUAUCUUCUUUGAAAUUGUUACCAUCACAUGCCAGUAGAGAAAUACUGAUAAUCAUGGGUAGCUUAACAACUUGUGAUCCUAGUGACAUAAACACAACUAUUGAGAGCUUAAAAACUGAAGGUGUGAGAUGUUCAGUAAUUGGUCUUGCUGCUGAGGUUCACAUCUGUAGACAAUUAGCUAACCAGACUGGUGGCACUUACAAUGUAAUACUGGAUGAUUGCCAUUAUAAAGAAUUACUGUUUCAACAAAUUGAACCACCACCAGCAGCCAUGUGUCUAGAAUCUAGCUUGAUAAAAAUGGGAUUCCCACAUCAAAUUGAAAGUGAUGGAAAAGAAGAACCUCUCACUAUGUGCAUGUGUCAUGUGGAUAGUACAGAUGAAGGUAGUAAGCUGUCAACAGGAGGAUAUUACUGUCCUCAAUGUUAUAGCAAAUACUGUGAACUACCAGUAGAAUGCAGGGCAUGUGGGUUAACUUUAGUUUCAGCCCCUCACUUGGCCAGAUCAUACCAUCACUUGUUCCCUGCCGCGGGAUAUACCGAAAUCAAUUUUGAUAACCAAGCUUCGAUCUGUUUCGCUUGUCAAAAACCGUUCACGGAGGCAGACAAACAGGUCUAUUCUUGUACAAAUUGUAAUCAAAUUUUUUGCAUAGAUUGUGAUAUAUUUGUACAUGAUAGAUUGCAUACUUGUCCAGGCUGUGCCACUAAUAUAGCAACGUUUCAAAUCACUCAUUCAAAUUAGAAUUUCAUUUUUUACGAAUGUCUUUUUUGUAAUAAAUUAUUUUAAAGUAAA